ACUUGUUUAUGCACCAUCGAGUGACGUAACGUGGUUUGCUAUAAAUACCCAGUACGCUAGUUCUUGAAUAUCGGCGUCGUAAUUGACGUAGAACACACUUGACAUAUCACAACCAUCAUUUCAUAUUAAACGUAUCAUCCAUGGCAGACUGGGUCAGUCGACAGCUUGCUGGCGUCACUGCCGGAAUCAGCAACUUCACAGGUGGAGUUGUGAAUGCAGUCGGCAGUGGUGUCUCGGGUGCCGGGAAAGGAGUGAGCAACAGCGUUGCGGGUACUACUCGUGGAUGGGGUAACAGUGUCCGAUCAUACGGCAACAGCAUCAAAGACGCGACAGGCGCAUCUGGCCCCCGAGCUCCAACCGCAGACAAUCCUCUUGGGAUGGCGAGGAAUAAAGCAAGUGUUAAAGCGUCGGGACAGGUACAGAAAGGCCGCAUACAGACUCCAAGCGGAGGUACUGCUCGAGACCCGCUGGGCCUGCAGGGAAAGUGACCGAAAUGGUUCAAUCUAGCUUUCGCUUCCAAUAGAAUACACCUUUUCAAUAUGUCUACGGUCUACUCGCGGUGGAUGGGCCCGUCAUCGCCCGGUUUCUCCUUUGCAGUCUCUUCGCUUGGUCUCAUUCCUUCUUCCACCGCAGCGUCAGCAGUGCCAGCCUCUUUUCGUAUCUGUGCAAUCUCUGCCGCGGUCGGAGCCACCCAGUUAGUAGAAUUCCAAGGCUUUACUCCAGAAAUGUACAUAGUAUCUAUCUCUUCCAAUGUUCUUCCUUGGCCUUCCAUAACGAAAAAGUAGACGACAAGCCCGGCCAGAACGUUACAUGCAGCAAACACGUAGCCGUAACGAAAGUCAAUGGCACC